AUGGAGCAAGUGCAUCUCUUCACGAAGAAACUAAAACCAACCCAUAUAAGCCAUACUCUUUCAGUUCCGACCCAUGUCCUCGAGGCUUUUCCGAUUCCUGAAGGAGCCCAUAUUUUGAAUUUCGAAGCAGUCGAUGCUACUGAUAAUACAUGGAGGUUCUGCUUGUCAACCCGUCUGACUGGGGCAUACGCAAAACCCGUUCUUCUACGCUCUUCUUGGGGUCGUUUUGUAGAGCAGAAAGGCCUUGCUCCCGGAGACAGGGUUGUCUUCUUCAUGCAGAGAGACGACGAAGCUAAUGACAAUAUGAUCAGGAGGUACACGGUUAGAGCUCAACGAAAGGUGAUGAUCUUGAUGGGGCAAGAUGUUUGGGUUGACGUCGAGGAUCUUCCCCUACAUGGUCUUUGA